ACGAACUUCCCUUCAGACAUCAAUAUGGCCAACCCUUUUACCUUCUUCUUUCUCAUUUUUCUAGCAUUCACCCUAACCUCCAUGACUGAAUGUCGAUCUCUGCACCCGGAGACGAGUCCAAGUAGCCUCAAAGCACGAUUAAGACUCGAGGAUGACGACGAACUGCCCAACUGUUGGGACUCUCUAAUCCACCUUCAAGCCUGCACCGGGGAAGUAAUCUCGUUUUUCAUCCAGGGUGAAACGUAUCUUGGCCAUGCAUGUUGCGAGGCCAUACGUACCAUUGGGCGCAAGUGCUGGCCCAACAUGCUUGACACGCUGGGGUUUACCACGGAAGAAGGAGACAUGCUUGAGGGAUACUGUGAUCAUGAAAUCGAGGUGGAACCGCCUCCAGAGACCAUGGACACUGUCAAGCUAAUUGCUUCUAUAGUGGUAUCAGAGCUUUCUCAAACGAGCUUCUAUUCGUUAACCAUGGCCGACCAAACAACCCCAACAUCCAAUACUGGGAAAACAGUUGCUUCCAAAACCAACAACACCGUUGUCACCACCAUACCUGCCACCAGAAACACUCCGAACAACUCCAACUCCAGCAACAUGAUUACCUUCCAUGUUGCUUCCCAAUUCCCAGAUGAAUCCAUCCAACAUGCAAUUUUAACAACAGUUUCAGAAUCAGUCCACCCAUAUGUUGCCAGUGCAGAGACUGCUCAUGAGGCAUCUAUUAGAGCUCGAGAUGGACCACCUCUAUCUUUCGAAGAUUUGCAGGACAGACUUCUUGCUCAUGAAGAGUCCCUACAACGGGAAGAGAACCUAAAUCAUGAUAAUGCUCCAGUGAUUGCUCAAUUUGCUACCUUGAAUUCUCAGUCUAGCAACGGCUCCAAUUGGCAUGGAAGCAAUCAGGAUCAUUUUGCUCCGUCUCGGAAUCGCAGGCCCUCUAAUGGAUCUAAACAAAACCUUGCACAUUUUGGCCCAAGUAAUCACUCACAAUCCAUUAAUGCUAGCUCAUCCAGUCGUGGUAAUCGUGGUGGGCGAGGUGCAAGGGGCCGAGGCAACAAUCGAAACUCAUCAAAUAGGUACAAUAAUCGCAAUAAUAUUGCUUGUCAAUUUUGUAAUGGUUUUGGUCAUUUUGCUAGGGAUUGCCUUGAUCUUCGAAAUCAUGCUCAUGUUGCCAAUUUUGCUACUACUUUGAGUACCAAAAAGAAUGAAUGGUGGAUAGACUCUGGAGCCUUCGACCAUGUGACACCAGAUCUAGCUAAUCUUGCACUUCACUUAGAAUAUGAUGGUCCUGAUGAAUUGAUCAUUGGGGAUGGAUCAGGUUUGACUAUCUCUCAUGGGUGACACCACAAUCUCUAUAAAGCAUAAACCCUUGU